CGGAAAAAUAAAAACUUCACAAAAACUUCAACGCAAACAAAAUGGCGGACAUCAUGCGUCCGCCGUUUAGUGAGAUCAAACGGCCGGAUGAGAUUGUCAGAAUGACAACCGCCGAUAACUUGAAAUUUGCCGUCCUCAUCGGCCUAAUCGAGGUGGGCCAGGUGACCAAUCGUGAGGUGGUCAAUACUGUGUUACAUUUGCUUGUUGGCGGUGAAUUCGAUAUGGAAUUGAAUUUUGUGAUACAGGAUGCGCAGAAUAUCAAACAUAUGCUGGAACUGUUGGAUCAUUGUCCGCCCAAUUUGCAGGCUGAAAUCUGGAGCGUCUUUAUUGCGAUUCUACGUAAAAGUGUUCGCAAUCUGCAAGCCUGCACAGAUGUGGGACUCAUUGAGCAUGUUCUGGUUCGUUUGCAGCGCUCCGAAACGGUUGUGGCAGAUUUGCUUAUCGAAAUGUUGGGCGUAUUGGCCAGCUAUAGCAUAACGGUUAAAGAGUUAAAAUUGCUUUUUGGCACCAUGAAGGCCAAUAAUGCCAAAUGGCCGCGACAUUCGGCAAAAUUAUUGAAUGUCCUACGACAAAUGCCACAUCGCAAUGGACCCGAUGUGUUCUUUAGUUUUCCAGGUCGUAAGGGUUCGGCCAUGGUCCUGCCACCGUUGGCAAAAUGGCCUUAUGAGAAUGGAUUUACCUUUACCACAUGGUUUCGAUUGGAUCCAAUUAACUCGGUGAACAUUGAGCGAGAGAAGCCAUACCUCUAUUGCUUCAAGACAUCAAAAGGUGUGGGCUAUACAGCGCAUUUCGUGGGCAAUUGCCUUGUCCUAACCUCAAUGAAGGUGAAAGGCAAAGGUUUUCAGCAUUGUGUCAAAUAUGAAUUUCAGCCACGAAAGUGGUACAUGAUUGCCAUAGUGUAUAUAUACAAUCGUUGGACGAAAAGCGAAAUCAAGUGCCUAGUAAAUGGACAAUUAGCCUCGUCAACUGAAAUGGCUUGGUUUGUCUCCACAAACGAUCCCUUUGACAAGUGCUACAUAGGAGCCACGCCCGAGUUGGAUGAGGAACGUGUUUUCUGUGGCCAAAUGUCGGCAAUAUAUUUGUUCAGUGAGGCAUUGACCACUCAACAAAUCUGUGCCAUGCAUCGUCUGGGGCCCGGCUAUAAGUCGCAAUUUCGUUUCGAUAACGAAUGCUAUCUGAAUCUGCCGGAUAAUCACAAACGGGUGAGUCACUUUCAACUUCUACCAGCCACAACAGGAGGCGGUGGUGGCGGCUCGUCGUCAUCCGCCUCGGAUGCGGCGACAUCUGCCGCUGCCGCCAGCGGGCAACAGCAAUUGCAAUUGCAGUUCCAAACAUUGGCCGCCGAGCAGGAGGCACGCGCCAUUGAUUGGUCUGAUGAGCGUUUAGAUUUGAGUGCGGCUUUUGUUAAAAUUCGUGCAGUUCUAACUGCCCGCAAUGCGGUUGCUUUGGCAGCCGUUCAGGGAACGGCGGGAGCAACACCGAGUGCUGCAACAUCAACAUCACCAGCUACAGGUGCAGCGGGAGCAACGGCAACCGCAGGAGGGAGUGGAGGUGGUGGUACAGCAGUGGAAGCAAACGCACCAGCAACUCCUUCAGGCAACAGCAGCAAUAAUAAUUCGGAUUCAGUGCAACAGUCGGAUGAUCCACUUGCUCAUUUGCCAACUGGAAAUGCUUCUUUUGAUCAACUGCGUCGUAUGUCCAGCCUGACCAGUCUUAAUUCCAUGGUCGCUGCCGCUAUUGGAGCCGACACAGAGGAAAUCAACCAGCUAAAAGCUGUCUUGUACGAUGGUAAACUAUCGAAUGCCAUUGUCUUCAUGUACAAUCCGGUGGCAACCGAUGGUCAACUCUGUUUGCAGUCAUCCCCCAAAGGAAAUGUUUCAUAUUUUGUACACACGCCGCAUGCGCUGAUGCUGCAGGAUGUCAAGGCUGUGGUCACUCACUCAAUACACUGUACCCUCAAUUCCAUUGGUGGCAUCCAAGUGCUCUUUCCACUUUUCUCCCAACUAGAUAUGGCUCACGAUGGUAUUGGCGAUAUCAAAAGAGAUCCAACAUUGUGCUCCAAAUUGUUGGGCUUCAUCUGUGAGCUAGUGGAAACAUCACAGACAGUGCAGCAGCAUAUGAUCCAGAAUCGUGGAUUUUUGGUCAUAUCAUUUAUGCUGCAACGUUCCUCGCGGGAACAUUUGACGCUCGAAGUUUUGGGCUCAUUUCUCAACUUGACCAAAUAUUUGGUUACCUGCCUAUCGGCCAACAGUGAUCUGCUGCUUAAGCAGCUGCUCGAUCAUGUUCUUUUCAAUCCAGCUUUGUGGAUCUAUACGCCAGCCAAUGUACAGGCACGUCUGUACUCAUAUCUGGCCACUGAAUUCUUGAGCGACACCCAAAUCUACAGUAAUGUUCGUCGAGUGAGCACUGUACUGCAAACAGUGCACACUCUCAAAUACUACUAUUGGGUGGUCAAUCCACGUGCCAAGAGCGGCAUCAUACCAAAGGGCUUAGAUGGACCGCGACCAGCGCAAAAGGAUAUACUAGCCAUUCGCGCUUACAUUCUACUAUUUCUAAAGCAGCUGAUUAUGAUCGGUAAUGGCGUCAAGGAGGAUGAACUGCAAAGCAUACUCAACUAUUUGACGACCAUGCAUGAGGACGAGAACUUGCAUGAUGUUUUGCAAAUGCUCAUCUCAUUGAUGUCCGAGCAUCCAAGCUCUAUGGUACCUGCCUUCGAUGUGAAGCACGGUGUGCGCAGCAUAUUUAAAUUGCUGGCAGCCGAAAGUCAAUUGAUACGCCUACAGGCCCUAAAGCUAUUGGGCUUCUUCCUCUCAAGAAGCACACACAAACGUAAAUAUGAUGUGAUGUCACCACAUAAUUUGUACACUUUGCUGGCUGAACGUCUGCUCCUGUACGAGGAGUCACUAUCCCUGCCCACAUAUAAUGUGCUCUAUGAGAUCAUGACCGAGCAUAUAUCACAGCAAAUCCUGUACACACGCCAUCCAGAGCCAGAGAGUCAUUAUCGCCUGGAGAAUCCAAUGAUCCUUAAAGUCGUUGCAACCCUCAUUCGGCAAUCGAAGCAAACCGAGUCGCUGAUCGAUGUGAAGAAACUGUUUCUGCAGGAUAUGACACUGCUGUGUAAUAGCAAUCGUGAAAAUCGCCGUACUGUUCUUCAAAUGUCUGUAUGGCAAGAAUGGCUUAUUGCCAUGGCAUAUAUUCAUCCAAAGAACUCGGAAGAGCAAAAGAUUAGUGAUAUGGUUUAUUCACUAUUUCGAAUGCUGCUUCAUCAUGCCAUCAAGCAUGAAUAUGGCGGUUGGCGCGUAUGGGUAGACACGUUAGCCAUUGUCCACUCGAAAGUGUCAUAUGAGGAGUUUAAAUUGCAGUUCGCCCAAAUGUAUGAGCAUUAUGAGCGACAGCGGACGGAUAAUAUCACGGAUCCGGCCUUAAGGCAGGCGAGACCAAUUAGCACGAUCAGUGGGUGGGAACGUGAGGAGUUGCAACAACAGCAAAAUGGUGCUGCCAGUCCCAUACCGAAUCCCAAUUCGAAUUCGCAACAACAGCCAGCAAUAUCCAUGGCCUCAUUAGAGGAUGCUCCUGCUGUGGAAGAAGAAGUUGAAGAGAUGGAAAGUCUCAGUGUGGAGGCUGAAGUAGAAGCAGAUCCUGACGCUGAAGCUGACAACGAGAAUGAGAAUGAUGCUACCGAAAUAGAUGUAGAGCCUGAGCCAGAAACGGAGGCAUGUGCCUGUAUUGACCAGCCGGAGACGGAGGUUGUGUCAAAUAAAUCCGUUAUAGCUAACAUUUCCGAUGUAUACAAUGAGCAAAUCAAAACAGACGAAGCCCUUCAGGCAACAAUCGCACCACCCACACGGACUUGCAAUGGUAGCCAUGACGAAACCACGGAAACGAGCAAUGAACUUAAACCAGAAUCACCCACGCAUGGUGGCCAAGCGGCUUUGAAGGAGACACUGCAACUUAGCGACACAAUGGAUGUCGAGGAACUGGAGUUGGCUACGGCUAAGGAUUCGCUGGAUGCGAAUGAGCAUGUGGCCCAGGUGCUAAAAUUAUCGGAAGCCGCAUUAGAUGAAUGCAAGUUGGCAGUGGAUGAUGUUUUACAGGAAGCAUCUUCAGUGCUCAAAGAUGAAGAGAUCGAAUUGGCUGUCAACGAGGUGGUCCAGGGAGUUCUUAACAGCGAAAGUAAAAAGACGCCAGCUCAAGCAACGCAGGAGACUAAAGAUGCCAAAGACGGUGAGGAAGGUCAAGAUGACGAUGUGUCCCGGCUCAAUAGCAAGAAUUUGCUUAAUAACAAUAAUGAAGAGCAGAUCCUUGAUUCAAAAUUGGAGACGAAGACGGAGACAAAGACGCAAACACAGGCAGAGGAAAUUGAGGUGAAUGCCAAUGAGAUCAGUCAGGGUCAGGCCAAGACUAAUGAAGAAGAAAUAACGUUGGAAGCGAAAAAGGAAACGGAAACAAAGCCCGAAAGGGAGAAAACAGAGACCAGUAAUCAAAAGACUGAAGAUUCAACAGCUAAUAAGCUAAACAAUAAUGAUAAAUUGGAAAGCGAAAUCAAGGAAACGACCAGUGAGGAGCAUCCCUUGAGUCCACCACCAACAGAGACGGCAAGUGAGCCAGCAAAGCUUCCAGAAUCGAUACCAGCCCCAAUAGAUUCGCAAUCCGCAAAAUCAGAUGACCAGCCUGAGCCAGUAAGGGAGGAGAAUCUAUUGCAUUUGACUGACUCGGAAGGAGAACAGACGGAUGAUGUUGUGGCCAGUGCAGUUCGCGACAUUGUUGAACAAUUAAUUGAAAAAGUUAUCGAUGCCACGCAAACAGAAAACGAACAGGAAACAGAAACGGAAACGAAUAACAAUGAGGUGCCCACCGCUGUUGUUAAAGAAGUACCAGAGAGUACGGAACUACCAGAGAGUGUAUCAGCGGCGGCUGCCCAAGAAAUUGUGCAAGAAGUGGUUGAAGCAGCUCUCGACUUGGUCGAAGAAAGUCACAAUGAGACAGCGGCCGAUAACGAAGUCGUGACAGAGACGAGUGAACAGGAGCAUGUAACCGAGAUUGUGAGCAAAGUCCUGGACAAUCUGGUGGAAGAAACUGUCAAAACAGUGGCCGCCGAGCAAACCACACAGACAUCUCCCGAGCCUUUAGAUAAACCAGAAAUUGAGACACCAGAGACACCGCCGCAGACGCCACCUCCGAAACCAGCAGCAACAACAGCAGCGCCAUCUGCUGCAGUUAGAGUAAAACCUCAAGAAGUUGAUUCUACCACUCAAACAACACCGAAGAAUGAGGCAGGUCAACAGAUUAUGGAGAUAACGGGACAAGAGACAGAUGCCCAAUUGGUAGACUCUAUCGAACAGCAGCAAUCAACAGAAGUCUCAGCCCAGCUUAAGGCCAAUCACUAUGCUGGCAGUAAUGCACAAAACAGCAUUGAAAUUAGUGCCAAUUCAAAGCAACAGCACCAGCAGCAGCAGCAGCCGCAGCAACAACAACAGCAGCAACGUACUAAAUCAGGAUCAACGCGACCCAUGUUCAGUCCUGGACCAACACGCCCGCCUUUCCGUAUACCGGAAUUCAAAUGGUCCUACAUACAUCAGCGUCUGCUAAGCGAUGUGCUCUUCUCGCUGGAAACGGAUAUACAAGUCUGGCGCAGCCACUCGACAAAAAGUGUCCUUGACUUUGUCAACUCUAGUGAGAAUGCCAUUUUUGUGGUGAAUACAGUGCAUUUGAUAUCACAACUGGCCGAUAAUCUUAUCAUUGCCUGUGGCGGCUUAUUGCCUUUGCUGGCUAGCGCCACAUCGCCAAAUUCCGAAUUGGACGUUUUAGAACCAACGCAGGGUAUGCCUUUGGAAGUGGCCGUAUCCUUUCUGCAGCGUCUCGUUAAUAUGGCUGAUGUUUUGAUCUUUGCCACCUCGUUGAAUUUCGGUGAACUAGAGGCCGAAAAAAAUAUGUCAAGCGGCGGCAUAUUACGUCAGUGCCUGCGUCUGGUCUGCACCUGUGCUGUGCGCAAUUGUUUGGAAUGCAAAGAGCGGACGCGUUACAAUGUGGGAGCCUUGGCUCGUGAUGUACCCGGAGCGGCACACUUGCAGGCCCUAAUACGAGGUGCCCAGGCAUCGCCAAAGAAUAUUGUCGAAUCAAUCACCGGCCAAUUGUCGCCGGUCAAAGAUCCAGAGAAGCUCCUCCAAGAUAUGGAUGUGAAUCGUUUGCGCGCUGUCAUCUAUCGUGAUGUGGAGGAAACGAAACAGGCUCAGUUCCUAUCACUAGCCAUUGUUUACUUCAUUUCAGUAUUGAUGGUAUCCAAAUAUCGUGAUAUAUUGGAACCACCUGCGGAACCACAAAUUCAACGUCAAUCGCCAGUGCUUCAACGCACAGCUGGCAGCGGUAAUAGCGAAGCUGCCAGUGCUCGCCCCUUAUUCCCCCAAUGGUCGCAUCAUGUCUAUCCACAAUUUUUGCCCGAGUCGCAUCAGAAUCAUGUGUCUGCCGGCAACAUGCAAGAACAACAGCAGCAGCAACAACAGCAGCAGCAACACUACUACCAGCAGCAGCAACAGCCGCCCCACAGCAAUCACUCACAUCAUCAUAUAGCUGGAAGCUACUAUCAACAGCAGCAACAGCAGUUGCAGCAACAGCAAUUGGGUGGCAACAUUUCGCCCACUACUUUGGCCACACACUCGACAAGUUCAUCGGCCAGCUCGACGGCCACUUCACAGCCAGCUUCAAGUUCAUCUCUUUCCAGUUUGGCUUCGCAAGGUCAGCAGCAAACCCACAGACAGAUCCACAAACAACAGCAGCAGCAAUAUCACACGCACCAGCAACAGCAACAACCGCACUAUGCCAUGAUCAAUGGCCAUCAGCAACAACAACCAAAUGGUAAACAUACCAGUGGAGGACACUAUGAGAAUGGGUCGACAGGUGCAGCAGCAGCAGCAGGAACUGUCUAUCAUCCGCAUGCUCAUCCGCAUUCGCAUCCGCAUUCCCAUGCUUAUAUGCGUAAUGUCGACCAGCAGCAUCAGAACGGACAUGUUUUGGCCGAAUAUCUAAAUGGUCAUGGUAAUAACAACAAUGCCAUGGUGAACAAUAUGAGAAAUCUGAGGAAUGGUCAUAAUAAUCCAAACUCAUCAACGGCAACUGCCGCUGUUGGUGGUGGUGUUGGUGCUGCUGCUGGUGGUGGUGCUGGUGCUGGUGCUGGAGGUGGUGGCAUCUCUGGCAUGGCUGGCAUGGGUAUUGGCAUGGGUAUGGGCAUGGGCAUGGGCAUAGGCAUGGCUGAUGGCAAUGUAGGUGGAGGUGUUGGCGGCGGUGGCGUCGGCGUCGGCGGCGUUGGCGGUGUUAAUGCUUACAAGACAAAUGCCAUAAAUAAUAAUUACCGCUACAAUGGACGCACCGGCAAUGUGUCUGGCUCUGGAACAGGUGCACGCCAAAUUCAGGACAGCGACUAUGAGAUAAUCGUUGUCGAUGAGAACAAUCCCUCAGUGCUGGCCGAUAAUGAUUCACAUUCCAGUGGACCGCCAUCGAUCAAGACAUCAACAACAACCACAACAACAACCGCUCAUAAUAACAAUAACAACACUAAGACAACAACAACAACAACAACAAUAACUGCUACAGCAACAACAACAACAACAACUACUACAACCAAAGAUACAAUUAAAAUUCAACAGCAACCAUUGUCACCACCCAAGCCAAUGGUGCCACAAAAAUUGCCAAAGAGUGUCGAUUCGGAUGUUGGGUCUUUGAACAUGAAUUCAACCGAAAAUGAAGUGCCAGAGGUGGAAUCAUCUAGCGAAAUACUGAUCGAUGAUCAUAAGCCAAGCAAUUCCAAUGAUGAAAGCUGGACGGAUGUCAAUUUGAAUGAAGAUGCUGCCGUUCAAGCAGCUAGCGCUGGCAUGGUUGUCGGCUUAGUUGAUGCCAAUAGUGCUAAUGCCUCCGAUAUGGCAAAACAUGAUGGGAUUGUUUCCGGUCAGCAAGGAUCUGCACUCCAUCAUUCACAGCAUCAGCAACAUCAGCAGCAUCAGAGUCAAGAGCGUGGCGAUAAGCCGGACUCGGAAAUCUCUGUUGUUCGUGUACCCGAUGGCUAUGGAUCUUCAACUGGCGCGGGUAGUGGUAAUCCCGGCGGUGUCGGUGGCCCUGGUUCUGGAUCUGGAAAUGACAUAAACACCAAUAACGCCAUGGUCCAGCGUCCACGGGCCGAUGAGUUGCCCAUGAAGGCACCCGCCUUGGUGGCCCAAUUGCCAUUGACAACACCGUCCCGUGAGGCCAGCCUUACCCAGAAAUUGGAAAUCGCUCUGGGUCCAGUGUGUCCUCUUUUGCGUGAAAUCAUGGUUGACUUCGCACCAUUCCUAUCUAAAACACUUGUGGGCUCCCAUGGCCAAGAGUUGCUAAUGGAGGGUAAGGGACUGACGACAUUCAAAAACUCGCAUUCGGUGGUAGAGCUGGUCAUGUUGCUCUGCUCACAGGAGUGGCAAAACAGUCUGCAGAAGCAUGCCGGUCUCGCUUUCAUAGAGCUAAUCAAUGAGGGUCGUCUACUAUCCCACGCCAUGAAGGAUCACAUUGUGCGCGUGGCCAAUGAAGCGGAAUUCAUAUUGAAUCGCAUGCGAGCGGAUGAUGUCCUUAAGCAUGCCGAUUUUGAGUCGCAAUGUGCCCAGACUUUACUAGAGAGACGGGAUGAGGAACGCAUGUGCGAUCAUCUGAUAACAGCAGCACGACGCAGAGAUAAUGUGAUUGCCAGUCGAUUGUUGGAAAAGGUUCGCAACAUAAUGUGCAAUCGCCACGGUGCUUGGGGUGAAGGUAAUGGAAAUGGCAGUGGCAAUGCCAGCAGUGUCAGUGUUACAAGUGGACAAUGUUCGCUUUUGCCAAAGAGUACGUACUGGAAGCUCGACGCCUGGGAGGACGAUGCCCGUCGACGCAAACGUAUGGUUCAGAAUCCACGCGGUUCUUCACAUCCGCAGGCCACCCUGAAGGCGGCGCUCGAGAAUGGAGCACCCGAGGAUGCCAUUUUGCAGACGCGCGAUGAGUUUCACACACAAAUCGCCGUGUCGCGAGCACAUCCAUCAUCUCAGCAUAGCGGCGAACUAUUGGACGAUGCCGAACUGCUUAUUGAGGAUCGGGAACUUGAUUUGGAUUUAACUGGGCCCGUGAAUAUUAGCACUAAGGCACGUCUAAUUGCCCCCGGAUUGGUUGCACCAGGCACUGUGUCCAUCACCAGCACUGAGAUGUUCUUCGAGGUAGACGAAGAUCAUCCAGAAUUUCAGAAAAUUGAUGCCGAAGUGCUUAAGUACUGCGAUCACUUGCAUGGCAAAUGGUAUUUCUCCGAAGUGCGAGCCAUUUUCUCGCGUCGUUAUUUGCUGCAAAAUGUGGCACUUGAGAUAUUUCUAGCCAGUCGUACCUCCAUUCUGUUUGCCUUUCCCGAUCAGCACACGGUGAAAAAGGUCAUUAAAGCAUUGCCCCGUGUGGGUGUUGGCAUUAAGUACGGAAUACCGCAAACCAGGCGUGCCUCAAUGAUGUCACCUCGGCAAUUAAUGCGCAACUCUAACAUGACCCAAAAAUGGCAACGACGUGAAAUAUCGAAUUUCGAGUAUUUGAUGUUCCUUAAUACAAUCGCUGGACGGACAUACAAUGACCUCAAUCAGUAUCCCAUCUUCCCCUGGGUGCUGACCAACUACGAGUCUAAGGAUCUGGAUCUCAGCCUACCUUCGAACUAUCGCGACCUGUCGAAGCCCAUUGGCGCCUUGAAUCCAUCGCGUCGUGCCUAUUUUGAGGAGCGCUACGAGAGCUGGGAUAGUGAUACGAUUCCGCCUUUCCACUAUGGCACUCAUUAUUCGACGGCCGCUUUUACGCUCAAUUGGUUGGUCCGUGUCGAGCCUUUUACCACCAUGUUCCUGGCCCUACAGGGCGGUAAAUUCGAUUAUCCCGAUCGAUUGUUCUCUUCUGUAUCAUUGUCAUGGAAGAAUUGUCAACGCGAUACAUCCGAUGUAAAGGAACUGAUACCCGAAUGGUACUUCCUGCCAGAAAUGUUUUACAAUUCAUCUGGCUAUCGGCUCGGACAUCGCGAAGAUGGCGCUCUGGUCGAUGACAUCGAACUACCGCCUUGGGCCAAGAGCCCGGAAGAGUUUGUGCGCAUCAAUCGCAUGGCCCUGGAAUCAGAGUUCGUAUCGUGUCAACUACAUCAAUGGAUCGAUCUGAUAUUCGGCUAUAAGCAGCGAGGUCCCGAGGCCAUUAGGGCGACUAACGUGUUCUACUAUCUCACCUAUGAGGGAAGUGUUGAUCUAGACGGAGUUCUCGAUCCGGUGAUGCGUGAAGCAGUCGAAAAUCAAAUACGCAAUUUCGGACAAACUCCUAGCCAAUUGCUAAUGGAACCCCAUCCGCCACGUAGCUCGGCAAUGCAUUUGUCGCCGAUGAUGUUUAGCGCCAUGCCCGAGGACUUGUGCCAGAUGUUAAAAUUCUAUCAGAACUCGCCGAUCAUACACAUAUCGGCCAAUACGUAUCCGCAACUAUCGUUGCCUUCGGUUGUGACUGUCACGGCUGGCCAUCAGUUUGCCGUGAAUCGAUGGAAUUGCAAUUACACCGCCUCCGUCCAGAGUCCCAGCUAUGCCGAGUCACCGCAAUCGCCGGGCUCAAAUCAGCCGUUGACCAUUGAUCCUGUUCUUGCUGGCCAUGGAACGAAUAAUAAUAGCAAUGCAGUUAGCCGGCGUCACCUGGGCGAUAACUUUAGUCAAAUGCUAAAGAUUCGCUCGAAUUGCUUUGUGACCACAGUGGAUAGUCGUUUCCUGAUUGCUUGCGGCUUUUGGGACAAUAGUUUCCGUGUAUUUGCCACCGAGACGGCGAAAAUCGUUCAAAUUGUCUUCGGGCACUUUGGUGUGGUCACCUGCAUGGCCCGAUCCGAAUGCAAUAUUACCUCCGAUUGCUAUAUAGCUUCAGGCUCCGCUGAUUGUACAGUUCUACUAUGGCAUUGGAAUGCGCGCACCCAGAGCAUUGUGGGUGAGGGCGAUGUGCCAACACCUCGUGCGACUCUAACUGGCCACGAACAGGCAGUCACCUCUGUGGUUAUAAGCGCUGAGUUAGGUCUGGUAGUGUCCGGUUCGACAAACGGUCCUGUAUUGAUUCACACAACAUUUGGUGAUCUAUUGCGCUCACUGGAUCCGCCGGCUGAAUUCCAUUCACCCGAAUUGAUAACAAUGUCCCGGGAGGGUUUCAUAGUCAUCAACUAUGAUAAGGGCAAUGUGGCUGCCUAUACCAUAAAUGGUAAAAAGUUACGCCACGAGACGCACAACGACAAUCUGCAGUGCAUGCUGCUUUCACGGGAUGGUGAAUAUCUGAUGACAGCCGGUGAUAGUGGCAUUGUGGAGGUAUGGCGUACCUUCAAUUUGGCACCACUUUAUGCCUUCCCCGCCUGUAAUGCGGGCAUACGUUCGCUGGCCUUAACGCACGAUCAAAAAUAUUUGCUGGCUGGCCUCUCCACUGGCUCGAUAAUUGUGUUCCAUAUUGAUUUUAAUCGGUGGCAUCAUGAGUAUCAGCAGCGCUACUGAAUGGAUUGAUGAAUGCGAGAAGAAAAAACAAAAAGCGUUAAUUUGCUAGUUAACAAAGCUGAAUCAAAUAUAGAGAAAAAAAAACAACCUAAACUCAACAUAACGAGUAACGAGUGGCGAGUGCAACUGAUAAACAAAUACAAGCAUGUAACAGGCAGAAGGUAACGAGUGCAUUCGUCUCUAUUAUUAUUAUUAUUA